GUUCACUCGUAUAUUCGGAGCAGGAGUGUCAAUGCUCCUUGAGCUUUGGCAGACGAAGCACCUUCACUUUAUUGCACUCAAGGCAGUAACAGCAAAUCAUCGAUGCCAAAAGAAUGGACUGCAUCUACAAGAUGAGUGUUUAUCUGCCUUUUUUUUCUUCUGGAUAAAUGAAGAGAUUUUUUCACGAAAAAAAAAAGUAAAGACACGUUUGACUAAUGACUGUCUUGCAAGGACUUAUUUCAACUGACACAAAGCGUUUUUUCAAAAGUUCGCCUUCUUCAAGACAUCUACAAGAUCUUCAAAACAUCCACUGCAUAAACUUUUUUCCUUUACCUCAACAAUUCUUCAGGAUAAAUCAUGGUGAAGUGAAGAGGAAUGAUAUGUUGUAUUCUUGGAGGCACUGUGGUAGCUUGAGAUUGUAAAAUCGCACAAGUAUGCCUGUGUCAAAUCAAGCCACCGUCUGACGGACCCCCAACUUCUAAAAAAGAAAUCGUAUGUGUUCCAAGUCACAUAAGCCGUGACGCAUAUCAGGAAUGUCAUUUUACUCAUCGCUGGGGCUUGUUCACUUUCUUAACUUUAACACCAAGAGUCUGCUUUUAGUCUGGAUGUUCUUUUAAUCUAUAAUCAUGAACUGCACCGAAUCAUCUUCUGAUAACAUCAAUUUAGAUUAUACAUUCUUGAUUCCUGUGGUGAUCAUCAUCAUCAUCAUUAUCGUGGGCAACCUGCUGGUCAUCAUUGCGAUAGCACGGACGGGCGUGCUUCAGACCGUAACCAACAUCUUCAUCAUGUCAUUGGCAUGCGCGGAUCUCAUCAUGGGGGUGAUGGUGGUGCCCCUCGGUGGCACCAUUAUUGUGACAGGUUGCUGGCACCUCGGUAAUAUAUGGUGCAAAUUAUGGACGUCUGUAGAUGUCUUGUGUGUGACUGCCAGUAUUGAGACACUUUGUGUGAUCGCAGUGGACCGAUAUAUUGCAAUCACAAGACCCCUCCGCCACAAAGUGCUACUUAGCAAGUGGCGAGUUCGACUGAUUGUAUGCUUAGUAUGGGUCGUGUCUGCUUUAACGUCAUUCCCACCUAUAAUGACUGACAUUUGGAAGGCUGAUGAUGAUAUUGCUAAACAAUUUUAUAAGAAUAAUACAUGUGAUUUUAUCACCAACAAAGGUUUUGCGAUUGUAUCAUCAGGCAUUUCCUUUUACAUCCCUCUGCUCAUCAUGAUUUUUGUUUACACCAAGGUGUUUAUCAUUGCUACGAAGCAAGUGCAACUAAUAGGAAAGAGCCGGCAGCGGUUCCAGAAUGAAAAUGCGGCAAGCAACGGCAACUACAACCUACCAUCAAGUCCAAGCAGUAGCAGUCUUUCUUCAGCCAGACGGAAAUCCUCUAGACGAAGGCCAUCCAGAUUAAGUGUUGUGAAAGAGCACAAGGCUUUAAAGACACUCGGUAUCAUCAUGGGAUGCUUUACACUCUGCUGGCUGCCAUUCUUUAUAGCCAACAUCAUUAACGCCUUUUUUCCCAACCUGAUAGAAUCAGAUAAAUUCCGAUUAUUAAAUUGGCUUGGUUACAUCAACUCCGGCCUCAAUCCCAUAAUCUACUGCAGAAGCAAAGAAUUCCGUACAACCUUCAAAAGCCUUCUAGGAUGCCCGUGGUUGCAAAUACCGAGCAUGAACUACCUUUAUAAGGAACUUAGGACUCGAUGUCCGUGUUUUCUGGGCUUGCCAGAAGUAGCCAUGAACGGAGCUUUCCAGAAGGUUGCCAGCUCACAAGGGACAAAGUCGGACCGUGUGCCGCAGGAAGAUGGGCAAGGAAGUCUAGGUAGCAGUCAGAGCAGCUACAAAAGUGAAAAGCCUUCGCCGGGACCUGCACGCUCCAACGGCAGCACACACUUCAGCGACUUCUCCGAAACAGAAACAGAGUUUUCCACCUUACAGCGGCUGGGAGAAUGAGAGUCCAGAGCUUGGCAGAAAAACAGAGCAGGAAAGCGAAAGGAAAAAGAGAGAAUGCGAGUGCAAGCUAAUUUCAGCCAAGAUUGGAUAAACUUUCUGGCCAGCAGGCCAAGGACUGCACAAGAGCCACAAAAGCAACCUCACAAAAUGACUUCGAUGAAAUACACACGCAAGAUAAACCGAAUGGGAACGGCUGAUCGGACGGUGACACGCACAGAGACGGCUCACGCACAAAAGCGGAUGGACACGCCGGAGAACAAGUCCAGGCUGCUAUUACUUUUUAGCCUAUAGGGCAAGAAAUAAAAAAACUGGAUCAAACCAGUUAAGCUGGGUCAGAGUGAUGGACAACAAUUUACAAGGGGCUUGUGGAAGCCAAGUUAGAUCUGGGUGACGUGAAGUAGUCUCAAAGCAAUCAAAAGUUUGCAGACUUUCUCACAGGUCGAAUCCAUCCCAGCGAGUUUCUAUCUUUCAUAAGCAAGGACUUGAAAAAAAACACUUUUGGCGCACAAACACCUACACCCGACAUUUUUAUGAUUUUUUUUUUAAAGCACAACGGAUGUAGUCUGUCAUUUAGAAUAUAGGAAAAUAGUGGUUGAAACCAAAUUUUGUACUUAAUGUUAAAUUAUUUCCUAUUUAUUUUAUUCCCCAAUUUUACCUGUGAAUGUGCAAAGAGUUUAUAAGAACGAUACAGGUGUUCAUGUCGUACAGGUCCAUGUCUGUUCACUGACAUGUAUAGCUAAUAGUAUGGUAGCUUUUUCUGUUUGUUUGUUUUUUUUCUUCUUUUUGUAUUAAAAAAAGAGUCCUUUAUAAGCUGCGAACACAAUGUGCACACAAUUUAAAACCCUAGAGCUCACCUCCAGGAAAAUAAAUAAAUAAAUAUAUAUAAAAGAAAAAAAGGAGAAUCUAGGAGAAUUUAGAGCUGCUAAGGUUUCUAAUAAUUCGUUCAAACACAAACACAAAAAAAAUUGAUGUGUAGCCUCAGUCAUCUAAUCCCUGAGGCAUGACAAACAAUAUUAUUCUGUAUUAUACUUUUGUUUAACUAGCAUUUUAUACUAACACACAAAAAAAUCCCCCAACCUAAAAUUUAUUCUAACAUUAAAAGAAAAACAACUGAUUACACUUUCUCUAGUGUAACGCAGCGGUCUUUCAUUAUCAGGUGCAAUCGUUGAGAUUUCAAUUUCUGCCAGGAAAGUAACUGAAAAAAGAAAAUGAAUAAUAAUAGGAAACGCAAUGACGGACACAAUUUCUGUGGAUCUCAGGAUAUUUGUUGUGCCCUCUGACACAGUUCUUGUUUGUUUGCUUGUUUUUGUUUUUGUUUUGUUUUGUUUUGUUUCAGAGGAAUCAAUCGGUAGCAUCUGUACUGCUUUCGAGCUGUGUACAUAAUUCCUUGUUCAAUGUGACUUUCUUAUAACAUUAAUAAAGCGUAUAAAUAACAGGAUGUAAAAAAAAUAUAUAUCCAGGGCUGCACAAUGUUAAAUAAGAGAGAGAGAGAGAGAGAUUUAUUACAAUGCUAUCAUUGCGGUCUUUAUAAAUUGGUUAUUGUGGUCAAACCGAUUAAAUAAAGCCUAAUCCUGGAGUUAUGAGCCAUUCUUAGUAGAGAUUUAACCGUUCAACUUAAGAAUUUUACUAAAGCUAAUCCCUUAAUACUAAAACACGGCCAUCAUAAGACCAGUCACAGACCGUUUGAACAGAUUACUGGAAGAGCAGCACUACUUCGAAGCCAAAAAUGCCUUAUUUUAAUGUAAGUGUACCACUAUAUACACACACACGUCACACAGCGUUGAUUGUGAUUGUAUGAUUCAUUAUGCAGCCCUAUAAAAAAAUAUAAAUAAAUUAAUUAAUGAAAACUUAAAGAUUCUGAUUCAAUUUUUUGUGUUUUGGUUUUAAAAAAAGGAAGGAACGGACGAACGAAUGAAGGAAGAGGGGAUGGAACGUAAAAGGAAGUUAAGGGAAGAAAGUGAAAAAAGGAAAUAACGGAAGGAAGACAUAGAAUAAAGAAGAAUGCAGUGAAAAAGGAAGCAACAAAGCAGAAGAAAGAAGGUUAUGGGAAGGGAAGAUAGUGUAAAAAGUAAGGGAGGAAAUUAGCAAGCAAAACAAGGAAAGAAAGGGAAGGAAUGGAAAAAUGGAAGGAACAAAACUGAAAGAAGGAAUUAAGAGGAAGGAAGAAAGGAAAGGAGGAAAGCAAAUUACUGAUGAAAGGUAAAAAGUCAAGAAGGGCACAAGCAAUAAUAGAAAAGGAACAAGUGAAAAAAGGGAAGGACGUUAAAAGGAAGAAAGGAAGUUACAUGUCUGGAGGGAAGAAAGAAAAGAAGAUAGGAAGGAGCGACUGAGUGGCAGAAAGGGAAGGUAGGAAUGAAAGGAAUGGAAAGCAGGUAGAAACGAAAGAAUGAAAGCAAUAUUAAAGUAAGGAAACAAUUAAGAAAACGGAAUGAAAUGAAGGGAGCUAAGGAAGGAAGAAAACAAUCAGAAAAUAAAAUUUUUUAAAAAGUGGAUAAAAGAAGAAAGCAAAAAAGUGUAAACUGGUUAUUAACGCAAACAAAAUAUAUGUAUUUAUAAUGUACAAAUCUUAUAUGCUUGAAAUGCAAAAAAAAAGCAUUUCUUGAAAUCCAAAAACUUUCUAAAGCUCUCUUUCGAAAUCUCACAAGGUUCUCCAAGUUAAGCCAGAUAAAGCUUGCAGUGAUAAUGGAAUUAAACUGGCAUGACUGUUUUAUCAACUCUAGCAGUUUCUUCAGCUCAAACGUACAUCCG